UGUAGAGAUGAAAAGAAUACGUAUCUGCCGCAUGUUUCAAUAUAGAAUGGAAAUUAAACAAUUCCUAGUACUACAUAUUAGUGGAAACCUUUUACGUUGACUAGUUAGCUAGCCAAAAUUGAUCGUUCCAAAAAUCAUCCAACUCCCACCAUCCAUCUAUCCUUCUUCCACUUUCUAAACUCCCUUUAUCCUAAUUUGUACGAUUUUUUUUUUUUAACAUUUCUGCAACUCCAAAAAAAAAAAAAAAAAAUGGAGUCAACAAAUGUUCCAUUGUUAAUACUUACUCUCACCAUAUUAACUCUAUCAAUCCCAAAUCCAGUCACAGCUCAAUUCAAUUCCUUCCUAUACUUCUCAUGCGGUGAUUCUACCUACACACCAAACAGUCUUUACAAAUCAAAUCUCAACACAGUUCUAAAUUCUUUAACAACAACCAACACUCAAAACACAAACGGUUUUUACCACACCACAACCGGAACCGGACCGGACCGGGUUACUUCCUUAGCCUUAUGCAGGGGUGAUGUCCCUGUCAACACAUGCCGCCUCUGUAUUCAAGCUUCCGCCACCUCACUCAUCAGCACCGACAAUUGUCCUAACCAAAAACAGGCGUUUGGUUACAGUGAUUACUGCUCAAUCUUCUUCUCAAAUGGCUCUGAUGUGUACGGUAAAGUACAAGAUGUACAACCGUGGGAUGUAACGAACAGUGUUCCUGUUCCGAAUCCUAACGGUUUUAACGAAUCGUUGUAUUCGUUAAUGAGUUCGUUGAAGGUUCGUGCUGCGUCGGGGAAUUCUUCGCUAAAAUAUGCCACCGGAAAAGGUGGGUUUUCCGGUGGUCGGAGUUUGUAUGGUCUUGUGCAGUGUACACCGGAUUUGUCUAAGGGAGAUUGUAUGGGGUGUAUUCAGGAUGCGUUUGAUCAAUUUCCUGUAUGUUGUGUUAAGCCAAACUCUAUGCUUUCUGGCGUGAAUCUUGUUCAAGGAAGUUGCUUUGUUCAGUAUCAAAUUAGUUCCUUUUUUGGUAAUGUUCCUGAUUUUCCUAUGCCGCCGCCGCCGAAGCCACAAAACACCAAUGCAACACCACCAGUUCGGAAGAGUAAGAAGUCGCGAAUAGGGACUAUAAUCGGUGCCAUUUCCAUGGCAAUUGGUGUGUUGACAGUACUUGUUAUAGGCGUCGUCUGCAAAAGAAUCUUAUCAAGGAGGAGGAGGCUGAGGAAGUCCUGGAUGGGGAAAUUUACCAAAGACGAAGUUGAGGCCCUUCAGUCCUUGCAAUUCGGGCUUGGAACCAUAAAAAAUGCAACAAAUAACUUUUCCGAUGAUAAUAAGCUCGGACAAGGUGGAUUUGGCCCUGUUUAUAAGGGUGUGCUUUCGGAUGGGCAAGAGAUAGCAGUUAAAAGAUUAUUAAGGACCUCGGGCCAAGGAGAUGCAGAGUUCAAAAACGAAAUUCUGAUAUUAGCCAAACUCCUGCACAAGAAUUUGGUGAAGCUUCUAGGAUUUUGCUUGCACGGAAAAGAAAUGAUUCUUAUCUAUGAGUUUGUUGCCAACACAAGCCUUGAUAACUUCAUAUUUGAUCCUGUGAGUCGUCAGGCUAUGGAGUGGGCAACACGUUAUAAGAUCAUCAAUGGAAUAGCUAGAGGGAUUCUAUACCUCCAUGAUGGUUCCAGACUAAAGAUCAUACAUCGCGACCUGAAAGCAGGGAAUGUUUUACUAGAUGAAGAUUUCUGUCCGAAGAUUGCAGAUUUCGGUCUGGCAAGGCUAGUUAAUAUUGAUCAAACUCAAACAGUGGCUAGCAAAAUUGUUGGUACCUUAGGAUAUAUUUCACCUGAAUACGCCACGCAAAAUCAAGUGUCAGUAAAGUCAGACGUAUACAGCUUUGGCGUACUAGUCCUAGAGAUAGUAAGCGGGCAAAAGAUUACCUCAUUUCAUUACGAGGAAAAUCAAGAAAACCUCCUUACCUUUGCAUGGAGAAAUUGGAAUGAAGACACAGCUCGGAAUCUGGUAGAUCCAGUGUUACUAGCCGGUUCUAGCACCGAGAUAUUGAGAUGCAUCCAUAUCGGUUUGUUGUGUGUACAAGACUGCCCUACAGACAGGCCAACUAUGUCUGAAGUUGAUGUUAUGUUGAGUACGAAUUCAGUCACCCUUGAAGCACCUUUGCCGCCUGCAUUUUGUACAGAUAGCCAAAGUCUACCCAAUAUGCUUUUGGAGUGGAGCACUACAACUAAGUCAAGUAUCAGAUCAUCAGAAGGUGGUUCUGUAAAUGGUGUUUCUAUAAAUGGUGUUUCUAUAACACAGUUGCACCCUAGAUAGUGGCGCUUAAUUAAGACUAGUUAUUUAGUUAAGAAGGCCUUUGGAAGGAGAGUUGCUAACUUAAUAAUCUCCUUAUCCGGAAUUAAUUGUCACAUAAAUAGUGUAUUUUAAGCUGUAUUAUAACAAUCCCUAACAAAUGUAUAUAGUGACUUGCAAAGUUAUAAGGGGCUCAAUGUGCAUGCCAAAAUCUAUGGGGGGAUUAUGCUUUCGUGACCUUAAAAGCUUUAACCAAGCUCUCCUUGCCAAGCAAGCUUGGCGUCUGCACAAUGAUACAAAUUCACUUCUACAUUCAGUUCCGAAGGCUAGAUAUUACAAGAAUGGCGUCUUUCUCGACGCCAGAAGAGGUUAUGAUCCAAGCUACACAUGGAGAAGCAUUUGGGGCUCGAAAUCUUUACUGAUUGAAGGGCUUAAGUGGAGAGUGGGAAAUGGCUCUAGCAUAAGGGUCUGGGAUGAGGCGUGGCUGCCAGGUAAUAAUGCCUCAGUUGUACCUUCGCCAAACCUGAAUGCGGAUGCAGACCUGAGAGUUGCUGAGUUGAUAGACUAUGAGAAUGGGGAGUGGGAUGAAAAUAUGGUUCGGAGUAUUUUUAAUACUCACGAUUGUGAGUUGAUUCUUGAUAUCCCACUUUCAAACUCUUGGCCUAGUGACCAACAUUUCUGGUGGCCUACUAAAAAUGGAUGUUAUUCGGUAAAAUCAGGCUAUUGGCUGGCACGUCUUGGACACCUCCAGUCCUGGUCUUUGUUCUAUGGAGCUACGGAAGAGAAUUUGUGGAGAAUUGUGUGGGGAUUGGAGGGACCUCCAAAACUUAGACACUUCAUCUGGAGGGCGUGUAAAGGUAGUCUAUCAGUUAAAGAACGCCUCCAUAAACGCCAUAUCUCCGACGACAGUACUUGUCAGGUGUGUGGUGCGGUAGAGGAGACUAUUAUUCACUCUCUUUUUUAUUGCAGUGCUGCACAUAUUAUUUGGUCCCACAGUAACUAUAUAGGCUUGUUAAUGGCUGCUCCCUCGACGUCGCUUGCGGAUAGACUUGAAUGGGUGGCUGGGAAACUUGACAAGAAAGAGCUGCAACUGUUUUGCUCACUGCUAUGGGCAGCGUGGUUUUAUCGGAAUGAGAAAAUACACCAAGGUAAAGACCCUGACCCUAUGCGUGUUGCUGCAAGCUUUGCAAAUUUGGUGUACGACUACAUGGGUUAUGCUAAAAAUGUCUUUAAUCCAUCUGGUGUUGUGAAUGUGGCACCACAUGUUUCUUGGUCUCCCCCUCCUAUAGGUUGUUACAAGGUGAAUACGGACGCUCAUGUCCUUACGGGCUAUGGAGUGGGACUGGGUGUGGUUAUUAGAGACGAAAAGGGGGGUAUAGUUGCUGCAGUUGUGAGGAGGUUGAAGGUGAGGUGGAAUGUAGAGCAAACGGAAGUAGCUGCUGUGAGAUAUGGUAUUCUGCUGGCAAGUAAGUUAGGCCUUAAUCAAAUUAUUGUGGAGUCUGAUGUAUUAAAUGUGGUGCAAGCAAUUACUCAAGGAAAUGAAGGCUACUCCCCACUAAUGCUAUUUUACGAAGAUAUUGCUAGAAUGAAAGGGCUUUUUGUAUCUUUCAAUUGUCGUCAUAUUCGAAGGGCGGGUAAUACUUUGGCACAUCGUGUU